AUGGCAGCAAAAACAUCGGAUUGGCGACCGGGCCCCACUGUGUGUCGAUGUUGUCUCGCAGAAGGCUGUUAUAAAGACAUUUCUACUGAAUAUUUCUGGAUGGGUAAACGAGAAGUUUACGCCGAAAUGCUUGCCGAGACCUUUGAUUUAAGUAUUGCAUAUUCACAAUCGGGUGGGCCCAACAGCAACAGUCGUCUAAUCUGUGAACCUUGUAUUUCUCGGUUGCGAGAUGCCGCCGAUUUUAAGAGGCAGGUGGUUGAAUGUGAAAAAAUGUUUCUACAGCAUCUGGACCCAAGCAGCUCCAGCAUAACUGCUGUCGAGAUUACAGCAGAGGAAAUUGAAGAUGAAAAAGAAUUAAAAAUUGAACUUGUGAAGGAAGAAAAGCUAGGCAGCGAUGAAGAUUUCGAUGAUGAGCCCCAUUUCGGCGAUGAUGACGAUGAUAAUGAAGAUGAUCUUGAUGAUCAACCGUUAACAAAAUUGGCUAGUAAACUCCCAAAAAAGGAGUCCGUGGAUCUGUUAGACCUUAUCGAUAACGCCAAAGUGGCGGAAAAGCGAAAGUCAACGGUCAAAGUAAAAGCGACGCCCAUCAAGAAAGUAAAAUUGAAAAAAGAGACCAAAGCAUCGGCCAGUAAAGUGAAACCAGAGAAGAAAAAGAAAGGUAGGCAUGAAAUUCUUAUAUUGAGUUUCGGAUAG